AGUUUUCCCGCACGUGGACAAACAUAAAAAUGGAAGCUUGAGCUGCACCCUCUUUGUUUCUUUUUCAAAGACUUCUGAAAAUGAUUUUUAAUAGCAGUAGAUGGCAGCGACAAAGUAAAGUAAGAGUCAUGGUCUCACGUACUAUAGCGAUUCAUCGCAUACAUUGCGUUACCACAGUUUAAUAGAUAAAGCGACUUUUGCCAUUGACCAAAGCAUCUAGAUCUACGACGACACCCACUCCUAAUAGUGUGAAAAUAAGCGAAAAAACUUUUAAAAGUAAACUGCGUUAUCGCAACUUUUAAAAGUUCGUCCCUUCGAAGAUACGUCGGAAAUCGAAAUUUCACUUGUUGCCUGCGUUUAUUCCUGAGAAGCCCUUUUUUACUUACUGUUAACGCCUCCUAUAAUCUUACCCAACCAUGUCGGUGCUCCAGCGCAUUGCAGACAUCGAGAAUGAGAUGGCCCGGACCCAGAAGAACAAGGCCACCAACGGCCAUCUGGGUCUGCUCAAAGCCAAGCUCGCGAAGCUGCGCGGCGAGGUGAUGGCUGAGGCCUCGAAAUCCGGCGGGGGCGGCGGCCAGGGCUUCGAGGUAAAAGCGACGGGAUACUACAAUGAAAAAUGCCCCCACCUUGUAUCAAAACGGAAAUCUGUGAUGCAGAUUUGUGAUCACAAAUCAGCAUAGUCAUGCUACCAGGGAAAAGAUGUAGACACUGUAGUGCUGGGUGGCGUGGGAGAGCCUUGCGCCCUCAGCAUGACAGGAAGCAGCUGGAAGUGAGAAACAGCAUGACAAAUUGCCUGCAAACGAGGCGACAACUGCGUCGCUCGGCCUUCUAGCUGCAAUACAAGUCGAUUUGUGUACUCAGAUACAGUAUCACAAACUUCGUUUUCGAUAUGGGGAGGGGGGAUUUUUCCUUUUGAUACGGGAAACGCGCGCGUGGGAUUGAUCGGAUUCCCCUCCGUCGGGAAGUCAACACUGUUGAACCGGCUCACCGGCGCGGAGUCCGAAGUCGCAUCGUAUAAUGAUGUUUUUUGUGGUUUUGAUUGGAUGUUGUUCAUGGUGUGGUGUCUGUUGUAAUAUGUUCUACGGUUUGUAUAUUAUAUGCAAAGUACUAGUACUAGGGUGCUUUCUAUUGCUUUAGUUUCCUAUGAAAAUCGGUAUGCUAGUAAUCUGUUCCUACUAAAUCAGAUACGAGUUCACGACGUUGACUUGUAUCCCGGGCACGUUCACGUACAAGGGCGCGAAGGUGCAGGUGCUGGAUCUUCCCGGAAUUAUCGAGGGCGCAAAGGACGGGAAGGGGCGCGGUAAGCAGAUUAUCUCCGUUGCCAUGACCUGCUCCUUGAUACUCGUGGUGCUGGACAGCAGCAAACCCUGGAGCAUACGGCAGAAAAUCGAGAAGGAGUUGUACGGAUUUGGCAUGCGGCUAAACAAAGCGCGACCAAACAUAACAAUUGUGAAAGGGGAUAAAGGUAUUAAAUGUUAUGUAUUACGGUAUACAAUUACUUACCACGCAUGACAAAUUCACUGGUUUUGAUGCUUAUUGAAAUCAUUUUCAAUUUUAUCUUCCUCUUCUUCACGCAUGACAGCUUUCAUCUGAAGCAUGGUACUGACGAUAAUUGUUCUUGUUUAGUAAACGACGCAGUGUACUAUGACAAGGACUACUACACGACGCAAAAUUAUUCCCCGGCCGACAUACUAAUUGAAUUUGUCAAAACCAUCAAAAGGUGGUAUCACGGUGAAUGUGAAGCAGGGCUGCGAACUGAUUGACACCGACAUCGAGACGGUGGCCCAAAUUGCGAAGGAAUACAGGAUAAUAAACGCCAACAUCCACAUUGCCUGCAACGCAACCAUUGACGAGGUCAUUGACGUGUUUGAAAACAACCGGAAGUACGUUUCCUGCCUGUAUCUGAUGAACAAAGUGGACCUGAUAUCACAAGAGGAGCUCCAGCUGAUGCAUGAGGAUCCCAACAUGGUGCCCAUCUGCGCCAGCGAGCAGUGGUGUCUGGACAUGCUCAUCGAGUAUUUCUUUUCAUAAAUCCACUUUAUUUAUUAUUUUUCUACCAGCAGCAGCAUGACAAAUUCACAUUUAGCCGUUCUCAUUUUUCUUUUUUCUUUCGUUUUAUUUACCCCCUGUCCCUUUCUAUGCACCAGCACCACUAUAAAAAUCAGGCGCAUGUGGCGACGCAUGGACCUUGUCCGUUGUUUCACGAAGCCAAAGCAGUGCAACCCGGAUUUCUAUCCUGUGCAAAAGUAUCGUAUUCCUAUGAAUGCAAGUCUUGCAUUACAAAUCUUUUUCUUAAGGCAAAUCCGCAUUACGAACUUUAUUUCUCAUGCUGAAGAAAUUUGCAAUGCAUUUAUACGAAUACGAUACUUUUGCAGUUCAUAAUUUCGCCGAACCGGUCAUUUUGAGCAAGAAGCACCGACGGGUAGAUAUCCUGAGUGAAAACGUCCCCACCCCAGAGUUGUCAUGCAGAUUUGCAAUGACAAAAACAUUUGUGAUGCGCUUCUCCAUGAUAGGCAUUUCCAGUCGUGUUUUGGACUUUGUAAUGCUGUAAACAGGAUGAGCAGACUCAUUUGUAAUGCGGCUGUCCUCGCCAACCUGCACUACAAUACGGACUGCAACUUGUCAUGUGUGACUGCCAAAGCUUCUGGAUUUGUGUUGCGAGAUGCCGCCCAUCUUGACUAUGGGGUGAGGAUGUUUUUACAUAGGAUAGGAGAGGACUUCUGUUUGAAAAUCCACAAGACCCUCCUCGAGCAGUUCAAACACGCACUGGUGUGGGGUGCCAUAUCAAAUGCAAAAAUGUCUGGGUCUGGAAACUUGUGAUGCUGGGUGGCGUAUCAUGAGGAGGCCACAAGUGCUGGCUCAGCAUGACAAGUUUCUGAGCUUCUAGGUGUUGCCUACUCUGCAUGACAGACUGCGUUUCUGCAUGACAGAAAAAUGGGACUCUGGCCGAACGUGCAUGACAGAUUUAAAGAGUCAUGCCAGACAAGCAUGCCAAACAUGCACUCUUCCAGACCCAGACAUAUUUGCAUUUGAUAUGCCAGCACGAAGCACAACCCACAGACCGUCGGGAAGGACCACCUUCUGGAAGAUGGAGACGUGGUGGAGAUCGUGAAGAAAGUGGGGUGAGGGAGAAAGCGGUUUAGUGAGGCCGACAGCGUGCUGGUGCUGACAGGAGGUAGUGUUCAGUUUCCACGGUCGUCGUGGUCCCUGGGUUUUUGUCACCUGUUCCACAGUCUCGUCCUCUUGCGAUACAACUAGGGUCUUCUCUACCUUCUGCGAUGCGACUGCGACGAAGGGAAGACGAGCAGGAAGCAGUAAUUCACUUCUCGUGCUCAAAGUUGGAAGUAAACCUCUGCUCGAAGCAAGAUGUGAUGGGGUCAGAACACCGCGAAGAACACUGAUGACACGGCGACGUAGUAAGAAGUAAACUUGCUUCUGUACCAUCACAUGCAGAUGAUGGAUGCUUUUGCUUCAGCUUCUGCUCACAUGUGGAAGAAUCUAUCACCAGUCGUGAAUGAAAAACGGUGUCGUUGCUCCGACGUGCUGCGGCUCGUUAGCUGAAAUGUCGCACCAACCUAUACGCUCAUCUACCUUCACGCAUUAGAAGAAGAUCAUCGCUUAGCGCGAAGUAGAACAAACUCUGAAACAAGAAUACCCAAGCUAAAAUCCGAGCUGCUGUAGGAAAAGUAUUUGGCAAGCGGAUGUUGAAAGUUACACCACUGU